AUGAGCUCCCUCCAAGCUGAUCUUAGCCCGCCGCCAACGCCAGGGCCGAGUUCGUUCGCUCCACGAGCUCUUCACGCCUCCAAGCCACCAAGCCAGCCUGCCAGCUCGCUCUCGCUCCAUAUUCCCGAGGAUGGCCAAGUUUUUGCCGCUCUCACUCAGCCAUCGCUCCCAUCAGCACUUACCUCGACGCCCUUGGCAUAUGCGCCAGCUGCUCCUCCCAUCGCCUUGAAUCUCUCUUCUCCGCAUCAACCAGGACCAAGCACACUGGCACUGCCACCGCAGUCCAGGCUGACACGCAAGCGACCGUCUAGGCUGAAUUUGGCGCCACCUUCAUUAAGCGACGAACCAGGUCUCUCAUCACGUUCCAUGCCAAACUCGCCCGCCGCGCUCUCCAGGUCCAGCUCCAAAGCAGAGCAGUUGGAUGACUCCGCUCCGCCUCCUUCAGCGAUAUCAGAAGCCGUCAAGAAUCUCUCGAGCACGCUCAGAGGCACACCACGAAGACGUCCAAGCAUGCCUUUCAAGAACACGGCAGUACCGGAAACAUCGUAUCCAGAGCCUCCUAGCGCUGCCAGCUCCCAUACGCGACCACCAGAAGCUUUCCGCGAUCCUUCCGAGCACAUUUUGAGCGGCAAAGGAAGCACACUUCAGCAUGCUCGCAGUGUCUACUCCCAAGGUCCUGUAGAAAUACUUCCAGGCCUCUUCCUCGGUGACGAGCACAACGCUCGCGACCAAGAUAUGCUCUCCGCCCUUGGCAUCACCACCAUCCUUAACGUCGCAAAGGAGACCAUCCUCGACUUCCAGUCUCCAGGCUCGGCACAGCCAAACCAAUCGCACUCAGCGUGGACCAGCGCGUCAAAUCGCAACCGCAAAUCCGACACAAGCAUCAUCGGUCGCUCUCGACCUCAGCACAAUGCUGUCUAUGGGUCGCGCAUGAUAUCAGAUGUCCCACCAACACCAAACACCUACUUCACUCCACCGACCACUGCUUCGCUUCCUACCGGUACAGCGCAUGGCGAUGCAUCUUCACUUCGCGACGCAAUCAGCACUUCAGUACUGCGCAACACCUCUUCAACGCCAAACCUUCUCACUCACUUUCUCAAUGACGCAACGGCAGCAGCCCACAACUCACACCACGCCGCUACUGAGUCCGACCUGCGCACACUUACUGCGCAAGACGUCUUGCGCUACCGAUCGCUCCGACGCAGCAGCAACUCGUCUUCCGACGAUGCUUUCGAUACUGCUUCCUCACCAACUUCGUCACGAGCGGCAAGCACGUGCACUUCGGCUGCCACCGAGCUUACCCCACCAGCCCUCGUGAGUCUCAAGCCGAGCGGAGACGCUGCACCCGAGACUCAAGGCCACUCGACAUCCAGCGAGUACGCCAAUCAGCAGCAUUCUCCCAGCUAUGCCUUUGACAACGACUCGCAGCGCUCGCCUCCCACUUGGGUCACACAGGUCGAGUUGCCAUCCAACGCAACCGUCAUCAAGGUUACUAGCAACAAUGAACAGCGACUCUCUCGCGAGUUGCGCUACAUCAAGCUUCCUUGGACGCACGAUGAGACGGAACUUGCUACAGCUCACGGCGGUUUCGCGCAAGGAUGUGCGCUGAUCGCCGAGGCGCUCGGCAUUGAUCCUCGCUACUGGUAUGCAGCCAAGAUUACAGAAGAUCGGGAUGCCUGUAUAGCACUAGAGGAUGACGCCAGCUUGGACAACGUACAGACGAGCCCUUCUCCAGGCAAGAUUCUCGUGCAUUGCCAGUGCGGUGUCAGUCGCAGUGCUACAUUGGUCAUUGCCUUUGUCAUGCAGGCUGCAGCCAUGCGAUACGGCUUUGAAACCGCACGCACCCUACUCGGCAUGCACGACUGUUACAACAUGGUCAAGGACAAGAGUGCAAGCAUUUCGCCCAACAUCUCGCUCAUCUACCAGCUCGUCGAGUGGGAGCGUCAUCUCUCCAGCGCUGCCGGUCGCCUCCGCGACGUGCUCGGUAUGGGUUGUGGUGGGAGCCAAGGGGAACCAGGCAGUCACUCUGACACGAGUGGUAGCCAGAAUGGUGUACCUGGAGCAGGUUGGUCUACCGAAUCCAUGGACGAGGCUAUGUGGAGCAAGAUGCGUCUUGAAGAGGAGGAAAAGGAAGCAGCAGAGGAAGCAAGACGGCGCGAGGAGCGUCUCAAUGAAGCUAUUCGGCUAGCAGCGGAAAGGAAGGCAGCACAGGACCGUCUUGAAGGACGCACGCCAGAUGCCGCCGCUGGCAGCGACGUUGGUGGUGGAUCGCUUAUGCAGCGAAGGCGCAAGAAAGCGGCACCGGCCUUGCAGCUACAGACUGCCGGUUCUUCUGCGGCGACGAACAGCGCUCCUGCAGCAGCACCAAUGCCGAGCCCCGGUCUCAACAAACGUCGUCCUCCAGCAUUGCAGCUCAACUCUGCCCUUGGUGGCAAGAGUCAUUUGGAAGUGGAAACACCAUUCCGAACGGCAAGGAUGGAAGCCUGGUCAGAACAAGAGCAUGACGGUGACGGCGAUGUGAUGAUGUCGGAGCUGGAACCGCCUCAGACACGGUUGCGAUCCUCGGCAGCCGACUGGGACAUUGUCAGUACACCUACUGCACGAACAACGAUGGGAGCAUACGGAUCUGACCCGGCCAGCUCGACGCUGCAAACGCCUAGUGCUUCUACUACUUGGCAUGAUCGUGCACGCCCGUCAUCCGUGUCGUCGCAUCUGCCAGCUUCGCUUGACACUUCAGCAACGCAUCGAUCAAGCACAGACGGAGUCAUGGCCACGAGCUGGCUUUCGCCUUGUUCACCUGCCAUGUCAACUUCACUCUCGCUUGGUUCGCGACCGAGUCGAUUCAGCUUGGGCGGCGCUGCACCUCUCAGCGGAAGCCUCACAGCACGGUUGGAAGACGAGCUGGAGCCAGGCUCGCGAUCGAAAGCAAGACCCGAUUCGAUGCAAAGCACCAUGUCUUCUUCCUCUUCUACCGCACUGUUCGGCGUUACAGCUCUGUCGCGAGAAGAAAGGAAGAAGCAGCAUCGAAGGACGUUCUCGUCGGAUUGGCCUACGCUUCAGGCUAACUUGUCACAGAGGAGCAAGAGCAAGGUUGAGGCCAUGCUACCGCCGAAUCCGCAUACAGAAGGUGCUGCGCCAAGCAGUGGAUAUGCAAAUGAUGCGAUGGACGUGUAA